GAACUCUCCGACGCCGUACUGGAUGUUCAUCAAACUCUGUCGAGGAUGGCGGCGGGGUCUGCCACAUACGGCUUACACAUGGCGAGUUGCGGCGGCACAGUAUCAUCAUGGCAGUCUCCCCGCCUCCCAAGUGCCUAUCACGCCCAAACUGCAGUUCAUAAACUCUGUAUCGACGGAUGGCCAGAAGGUUCCCACCUAUAGGGUUCUGGAUGGCAAGGGCCAGUUGAUAGACGGAGCAGAGCUGCCGGACCUGGGCGAGGACAUGGCCACCAAAAUCUACGAGAAUAUGGUACUCCUGCCUACUCUGGACGUCGUCCUCUAUAACGUCCAGCGUCAAGGCAAGAUCUCUUUCUACGUGACUGCUCAUGGGGAAGAAGCCACCAUCAUAGGCUCAGCUGCCGCUUUGGCGGACGACGACGAAGUCCUGGGUCAAUACCGCGAGAUGGGAGUCCUUCUAUGGCGUGGGUUUGGCAUAGAGGCCGUAAUGAAUCAAUGUUUCGGUAACGAGGGCGACACAUCUGGGAAAGGAAGACAGAUGCCUGUGCACUUCGGUUCCAAGGCCAAGCAUUUCCAUACCAUUUCAUCCCCGCUCGCAACCCAAAUACCGCAAGCUGCAGGCGUCGCGUACGCGUUGAAACGCUCCAAGCGCAAGAACUGUGCUGCCGUCUUCUUCGGCGAAGGCGCUGCUUCCGAGGGUGAUUUUCACGCGGGAAUGCUACUCGCAUCGACGAUCCCCUCGCCGACUCUUUUCCUCGCGCGAAAUAACGGGUUCGCCAUCUCAACGCCUGCGAGCGAGCAAUUUGCGGGGGACGGCAUCGUCAGCCGCGGGCCUGGGUACGGCGUGGAGUCUGUGAGGGUGGACGGGAACGAUGUGCUGGCUGUUCUUGGUGCGGUGAGAGAGGCAAGGCGGAGAUGCGUCGAGACCGGGAAGGGUGUCCUCGUGGAGGCCAUGACAUACCGCGUUGGUCACCAUUCGACUUCGGACGACUCCUUCGCAUACCGCGCACGCCAAGAAGUCGAGGAGCGUAAACGCAUCGAUAACCCGAUCGCCCGUUUUAGGUUCUGGUUGGAGUCGCGGGGCUGGUGGAACGAAGACAGAGAAGAAGAGCUCAAGGCACGGCUGAAGAAGGAGGUCAUGAGCGCAUUCAAGAAGGCCGAAAGUCUGAAACGCGCCGAACUUAGUGAACUAUUCUCGGACGUGUACGCUGGAGAAGAGCCUUGGAACAUUCGGGAGCAGAGAGAGGAGUUAUCGAGCUUGCUCAAUAAGUACGGGAAUGAGUGGGAACCGUGGAAACAGGAGCUCGAGAAGUUCAAGGGUCGGGGCGAAGAGCUCAUGGGCACAAAGUAAACAUGUAUAUGCACGUGUGCACUGCAUGAUCAUUGAUGGUCAAGCAAAAUCAAUGUGAGGAAG